AAAAGAUGUUAUUUUCAGAAUUAGGCAGGCAUGUGUCAUACUUGCUGGCUGGCUGAAGAUGAGAGGUCGAGCUGUGGCUUCCUGGGAGCCUGCAGUCGUAUGAGCCAUUGGACUUUACAGCUCCCAGGUUGUUGAUGCAUUGUUUUACCAGCAACUAGCUUAAGUAAUUAGAAUCUCUCAGAGAUAGGAAGUCUUGUUUUAAGUGUUUGUAAGAUUUUAGUUUUUAAGAGAAACUAUUCUUAAUUUUUCUCUUUAGCUUGCUCUUUAGUUCUCAUUUAUUUGCUAGCCUAUGUUUUGUUAUUUUUGUUUUACAAUGAGCCGAGGAGUGUAGGCUGCUUCAUUCAGAAUGGGAGCCCUGCAAAGGGUUAACCAGCAGAGAAUUACAAAUGAACUAUCAGGAAAGUUGAUUAUUAAUCCAGCAAGAGAGAAAAUAUCCUUCCAGUUAGCAAGAAUUAGUACCUGAAGAGCUGAUAAUAUUGUUCGGGCUGUCGGUGUGGAAUGGCAAAACCAGGAGAAGAAAUAUCCUAAAAGUUCUUCCCUCUGAGCUUUGAGGAAGCCUGAAUCUGAAGUCAAACUUUGUGAUUUGGAUUCGUAUCUAUUAGCAGAAGGAAGAAUGUCUUCCAAGCAGGCUACCUCUCCAUUUGCAUGUGCAGCUGAUGGAGAGGAAACAAUGACCCAGGACAUAGCAUCACGAGACAAGGAGGAGGGCAACAGUGAUCAGCACGCGGCCCCUCAUCUGCCUCUACACAAUGUCAUGCACAACAAACCUCACUCUGAGGAGCUACCCACCCUGGUCACCACCAUCCAGCAGGACCCCGAGUGGGAUGGAGUAAUCUCAGCCCAACACAGGAUGGAGUCAGAGAGUAAUAAGUUAUGUUCCCUAUAUUCCUUCCGAAAUACCUCUACCUCACCAAACAAGCCCGACGAAGGAGGUCGCGACCGCAGCGAGCUAAUGACCAGUGUUAACUUCGGAACGCCCGAGCGCCGCAAGGGAAGCCUAGCAGAUGUGGUGGACACACUGAAGCAGAAGAAACUAGAAGAAAUGACCAGGACUGAGCAAGAGGAUUCAUCCUGUAUGGAAAAGCUACUUUCUAAAGACUGGAAGGAGAAGAUGGAAAAAUUAAACACAAGUGAUCUCCUUGGAGAAAUUAAAGGUACACCAGAAAGCCUGGCAGAAAAAGAGCGCCAGCUCUCUACUAUGAUCACCCAGCUGAUCAGCUUACGGGAGCAGCUCCUGGCUGCCCAUGAUGAGCAGAAAAAGCUGGCAGCCUCACAAAUCGAAAAACAACGGCAGCAAAUGGACCUUGCUCGCCAACAGCAAGAACAGAUUGCAAGACAACAGCAGCAACUUCUGCAACAGCAGCACAAAAUCAAUCUACUGCAGCAGCAAAUUCAGCAGGUUCAGGGUCACAUGCCUCCGCUCAUGAUCCCAAUUUUUCCACACGACCAGCGGACACUGGCAGCGGCUGCUGCAGCCCAGCAGGGAUUCCUCUUCCCCCCAGGAAUAACAUACAAGCCAGGAAAGACUGGUAAUAAGGCAACACCUUCCCCCUACUCUGGGUCUCACAAAAGCCAGACAUCCUUCUUUCCUCACAGCUCACAAAGCCUUGAUCUGGAAGGUGAUAACUACCCUGUGCAGUUCAUUCCAUCAACAAUGGCAGCUGCUGCUGCUUCUGGACUCAGCCCUUUACAGCUCCAGCAACUGUAUGCAGCUCAGCUGGCAAGCAUGCAAGUUUCUCCUGGAGCCAAAAUGCCAUCUACUCCACAGCCACCAAAUACAACAGGGGCACUUUCACCCACUGGGAUGAAAAAUGAGAAGAGAGGGACCAGCCCGGUAACUCAAGUUAAGGAUGAAGCAGCUCAGCCACUGAAUCUCUCAGCCCGACCCAAAACAGCUGAACCUGUCAAAUCCCCAACAUCUCCAACGCAGAAUCUCUUCCCAGCCAGCAAAAGCAGCCCGGUGACAGUGACGAGCAAGAGUGGCAUCCCCAGCCCGCUCAGUGGAUCCCUGGGAAGAGGAUCCUCUUUAGAUAUCCUUUCCAGUCUUAAUUCACCUGCCCUGUUUGGGGACCAGGACACAGUAAUGAAAGCCAUUCAGGAGGCUCGAAAAAUGAGAGAGCAAAUCCAAAGGGAACAGCAGCAGCAGCAGCAGCCUCAUGGUGUUGAUGGAAAAUUGCCCUCCAUGAAUAACAUGGGUCUAAACAACUGCAGGAAUGAAAAGGAAAGAACAAGGUUUGAAAAUUUAGGCCCACAGUUAACAGGGAAACCCAACGAAGAUGGAAAAAUUGGCCCCGGUGUCAUCGAUCUUACAAGGCCGGAAGAUGCAGAAGGGAGUAAAGCAGUGAAUGGCUCUGCAGCUAAACUACAGCAGUAUUAUUGUUGGCCAACAGGAGGGGCCACGGUGGCUGAAGCCCGGGUCUACCGGGACUCGCGGGGCCGCGCCAGCAGCGAGCCCCACAUCAAGCGGCCGAUGAACGCCUUCAUGGUCUGGGCCAAGGACGAGCGCCGGAAAAUCCUCCAGGCCUUCCCCGACAUGCACAACUCCAACAUCAGCAAAAUCCUAGGAUCUCGCUGGAAGUCCAUGUCAAACCAAGAGAAACAACCCUAUUACGAAGAGCAGGCACGACUAAGUAAGAUCCACCUAGAAAAGUACCCCAAUUACAAAUACAAGCCUCGACCAAAACGCACCUGCAUCGUGGAUGGGAAGAAACUGCGCAUUGGUGAAUACAAGCAGCUGAUGAGGUCUCGGAGGCAGGAGAUGAGGCAGUUUUUUACUGUAGGACAACAGCCUCAGAUUCCAAUCACCACGGGAACAGGAGUUGUGUACCCUGGUGCUAUUACCAUGGCGACCACCACGCCGUCCCCUCAGAUGACAUCAGAUUGCUCCAGCACCUCUGCCAGCCCUGAGCCCAGCAUCCCUGUCAUCCAGAGCACUUAUGGUAUGAAGACGGACAGCGGAAGCCUUCCUGGGAAUGAAAUGAUCAACGGAGAGGAUGAAAUAGAAAUGUACGAGGACUAUGAGGAUGAUCCCAAAUCAGACUAUAGUAGUGAAAACGAAGCCCAUGAGGCAGUCAGUGCCAACUGAGGAGUGUUCACAGAAUUAAAGUACUCAGACUCAUUUGGGUUUUUUUGGGGUUUUUUUGAACAAAAGUUCUUAAAGAGCCUGCAUGCAUGUGUGGCUCCUACAGUUACAUCAGCAGAAUGGUCUUAAAUGUUUCUUAUCGUGUGAGACAGAUUGUUUCCCUAAUUUUUCAUGAACUUGGGUUUUUUUUGUUUUUGUUUUGUUUUGUUUUUUUAAUUUAGAUGAAGACAUAAAUAUCAGACAUCAGGACUUGAGAACUUAUAUGAAUCAAUAGCUGUCUUACAAGUCUUACCUUUUGUCUUUUUCCGUUUGGAUGCUGAUAAGGGUUUAAGUUACUGUUUUAGAUGGGGGUUAUACAUUCUCACUCAGGUAUGCUGUGCCAGCCUACAGGUUGUGAAUGUGUUUUUAUUCUGGAUUAUUUUAGAAAACAAAAACUGCAGAUUUCAUAUUGUGAAACAGAACAAGUCCGCAAGUGUGCACACCUGUGCAUCAUAGCUUGUCUUUAAAAAAUAGUCUCUGAAUUCCAUUUUUUUUCCAUAUGUAUAGCUGAACUUCUGAUGUGCCAAACUUUUCAUAACUUUUGAAUCUUAACAUUUAAACAAAAAAGUCUUAAAGGAGACACUGUAAAGUCUUAGACAAUCCUUUGGCAUCUUAAAAAAAAAAAAAAACAACUUAUAUAAGAAACCUAAUUUUUUUCCAGAAUAUGGUGAAGUACUCAGGAAUCUGGAGACAGGAUAUUCUUAAUUAGUGAACAUGGUUGCCAUAGUGCAUGUGCCCAAUUGCUUUUGCCUCUUGAUGUGCCAUUAGUGUGAAAUUUUAAGUAAGCACAAAAGAGCGAUCACCAGCUAUGGACAGGCCUGUCUUAGCAGUGUGAGGCCACCUCUGAUUACAUUCUCUACCCCUUUGCUUUUAACCCUUGCAUUCAGUCUUAACACAUUUUCUCUUAAAUAAUUUAUUCAUUCCAGAAUGUCAAGGGUCCAAAUACUUAAUAUUUAUUUUUAAAAGUACAGUUGGUGGCAUUACACUUACAAUUCCUUAUUGAUAUUUUAAAGAGCCUCUUCUUUCCCCCUCCCUAAAUCACACAGGUAUUUGAAAAUAAAAGUGCACCUGCUACUAAAAUGAACAUGACCUUUAUGAGUGAGAAAUUCACUUGUUCCUCUAACACUGUAUGUUCAAGGAGCUCUUGGAAACACUCUGCUAGAUGUAUUGCAAAAUAAAGUGAGUACUUUUAUAUGUACAUAGAGUACAAAUACCCCUAAAAAUGUGUUUAUAGUUAUAAACCUCCACACUUAGCAAGGGCAGAUGUAAAAUCCAACCUGAGUUUACAGUCCACCAUGCUGAAUUUUUAGGGCCUGAGGAAUCUGUGGCAAAUCAUGGCUCUGUACAUCAUGUUCCCAUUGGCACCUGAAGGAACUGUGCUACCUUGAGUAUUUAUGCAGUGAUUUAUUUGUGAGACUCCAAGUGGGGGAGGGAGGGAUACUCAAAUAUCUAAUUGCAAAGGUGGGAAAAUGGGUCAUCAAAAAUAUUUCUUGUAUAGUAGUCAUGUGGGAACGUGACUCGUCAAGAGCUUUGGGAUCUUUGGACGUAAGGUGCUAUAGAAAUUAAAACUUCUGUUUGCAUUACUUCUAGAAACAAUGCAAUUACUGGAGAAAAUUCUGGGAAAUAUGCAAGAUUCAAUUCAAAGACUGUGAAUCUGUUUGAUUUCAAGGACGGAGGAGAAACUGCCUUUGUUUGUUCCCCUCAUACUCCGCUGGUUUCACAAAUAGAUCACUGUAUAAAUACAGUUCCAAUAGGCCUGAGGUGUAACUGUGCUGAAGAUCCUCAGCUCUUUUAUUUGGAAUUGGCUGUGUUCAGCCCACUGGUGACAAAUUCAGGCUGGGGCUGAGAGGUACCAGGGGGCUUAAAGCACCUCCUCUGGAAGUCUGGAGCAUCUUCCCAUGGAGCUGCACGGGUUUUGCUUUGGACAACACAAGGAGCCUGUGUUAGUCUGGCUGUCCUUGUGCCUCCUGCUCUGCAGACACUCCUGUGAGCUGCAGUGGCAGGAUGCCCUGUGGAGGAGCAGUCUCCUUCCUACCUGACAGCCCCUCUGAUCCCUGUCCUGUCAGAAACAGCCAUUUUUGCCACUGUAGGAAUCACGUUUCUAUGUGAGAGAACGACCCCCCCCCCCCCAAGACAAAGAGGAUUGUUCAAUUUACAGGACAAUUUAUAAAGAUAAUGGCAUAGAAACACAAUGGUCAAAUUUCUCUGACCAUUUUGUAAUUUGGAACAAAAAAAAAAAGCUAUAUUUUUAAUAUUUAUUUAACUGUGUUCUGAGUCCAUGUCUAAUAAGCAAUAAACUGGUCUAGCCAAGUCUUCAAAGGCAUAUGCUGUGUCAUUAGCUGGUGAGCGUCCUCUUUAAGCUGGCUAAGGUACUGAUAGAAAGUGGUUUUUUGUUCUUAAAAUAGCUUGGGAAUUUGAACUGGUUUUAAUACAUUCAGCUCAGAUUGGGGGGAGGACAUCAUUAUUUCCUAGAAAAAAAAAAAAGACUAUUUAUUAACGUCUUACAUAAUUCUCCAGUUAGAAGUAUCUCUCCCUCCCCCCACGUCACUUUUUCUCUCUUGCUCUCUUUUUUUCCUGGUUUUGUUGCAUAGGUAGAAUGCUGUAUUGCUAGCAUUGUAUUUUAUGUAAUUAUUUUUUUGCACAAAGGCAAACAUUUAGAUUAGUUGGUUAAUUUUUUUUUUUUUUUUUUAAUUUUAUGACCAUGCCAAAAUAAUAUUCUGCAGGCUUGUGGAGAACAAAGGACUGUUCUUUAGGACUGAAACUUGAUUUUGCUUGUAGUACAAAAAAAACACACACUCACAGAUGUUGUUUCGUAAGUGUUAUAAGCACUGGAUAUAAAUGGUAUUUUUUAUCACUUCUGACUAAUGUGAAACUGUUGUACGAAAACUACAUGAACAAAAGUCAUCUGUUUCGACUCGUGUGGGCCUGCCUCACAGUUGCCGGAUUUGAGUCAUUUUUAUGUCUUGUUAUUUCAUUUAUUUAUGCAAAAUACAUGUAUGUAUGAACACUUUGUUUUAGCUCCAGCCCUGCCUCAAUGCUGAUGCUCUGUAUGUUAAAGCCACAUUCUCGAAAAUGACUGGCUGUUCAGGAAUCACCAGCUGGUAAAAAUUGCAUUUACUGGCUGGGGGAGUGGGAGGAACAUAUUUGAAUCUGAAUUGUGCCUAUGAGCGUGUUAUUCUAUUUAUUAGCCGACAUUGGCUCUAAAAUGUCAGUAGAAAUCAAGGAAGGACAAUCAUAAGGAUGAAACCCAACAUUUUUACUUUAUUAAUCGGAGCUCAAAACAAAGUUUUUUGAUGAAUUUGCCAUCUCAUUUUAGAUUUUUUUUUUUUUAAAUUGUGUAAAUAUAACAUAGGAAAUAGAAUUUUAUUUUUUGUUCAUGGAUACUUAGUGAAGUAUAAGUUAUGUAUUUACUUUUGUUCUAUAUCAGUGUAUGUUGGUCCAUAUUAAAUGCUGACAAGUCACUGUA